CUUCUGUCCUGCAGGAAAGCCUAGAGUACAUCUUCCUCAUCAUCUUCUCCAUAGAGUGCUUCCUGAAGAUCAUAGCUUAUGGAUUCUUAUUCCACGCAGACGCAUACUUACGAAACUGCUGGAACAUUCUGGACUUUGUCUGUGUUUCUGUUGGGUUGUUUACCGUAGCUAUGGAUGCAAUCAACCACAUUAGUGGAGUGGAGGCUCCGGUUGGAGAAAAAGGUGGUGGCUUUGACAUGAAAGCUUUGAGGGCUUUUAGAGUCCUCCGGCCCCUCAGACUGGUCUCUGGAGUCCCCAGUCUACAGGUUGUGAUGAACUCCAUCCUGAAAUCCAUGCUCCCUUUGUUUCACAUCACCUUACUGGUAUUCUUCAUGGUGACCAUUUACUCCAUCAUGGGACUGGAACUCUUCAAGUGUAAAAUGCACAAGACCUGUUACUAUGUUGGCACAGACAUCAUUGCAUCAGUGGACAAUGAGAAGCCAGCUCCUUGUGCUCAGGCAGGGAACGGUCGAAAAUGCCUCAUUAAUGGGACAGAGUGCCGAGCUGGAUGGCCAGGGCCCAACAAUGGAAUUACGCACUUUGACAACCUUGGAUUUUCCAUGUUAACAGUCUAUCAGUGCAUCACCACACAAGGGUGGACCGAUGUCCUGUACUGGGUAAAUGAUGCCAUAGGAAUGGAAUGGCCGUGGAUCUUUUUCACCACUCUCAUCCUGGUGGGCUCAUUUUUUGUGCUCAAUCUGGUUCUUGGUGUUCUCAGUGGGGAAUUCACUAAAGAACGUGAAAAGGCCAAAUCCAGAGGAGAGUUUCAGAAACUGAGAGAAACCCAACAGCUGGAUGAGGACCUGAAGGGCUAUAUGGACUGGAUCACGCAGGCGGAAGUCAUUGAUAACGAUAACGACAGACAGGGUCUGCUGCCUUUGGAAAAUGGGAAUUCAGAAGCUGGGAGUGUUGGUCAGAUGGACACCAUGCAGCUGAUCAUCUUCUACUAUAAGCUUGCUCGUAAGUGGAAUCGCUGGUUGCGGCGGAAAUGCAGAGUGUAUGUGAAGUCCAAGUUGUUCCACUGGUGGGUCAUCAUUCUCGUCUUGCUCAACACACUGGCAAUAGCAACAGAACACCACAAGCAGUCCCAGAGACUGACCAACUGGCAAGAGACCACCAACAAGCUUCUUCUGUCCAUGUUUGCCCUGGAGAUGUUCAUGAAGAUGUAUGCUCUGGGUUUACCCCCCUAUUUCAUGUCUCUCUUCAACCGCUUUGACUGCUUUGUUGUGUCCAUUGGCAUCCUGGAGCUCAUCCUCGUCCACAUGGGCGUCAUGUCAGUCAUGGGCAUCUCAGUGCUCCGCUGUAUAAGGCUGCUGCGCCUGCUCAAGGUCACCAGAUACUGGACAUCGCUCAGUAAUCUGGUGGCUUCUCUCCUGAACUCCGUGCGCUCUAUCGCCUGCUUGCUCCUCCUCCUCUUCCUCUUUAUUGUCAUCUUCUCCCUGUUGGGCAUGCAGGUCUUUGGAGGAAAGUUUAACUUUCCCAAUCAACCCCAGCCUCGCAGUACCUUCGACAGCUUUCCUCAGGCUCUCAUCACUGUGUUCCAGAUUCUGACAGGUGAGGACUGGAAUACAGUAAUGUAUGAUGGUAUUUUGGCUCAUGGGGGUCCGACCAUGCCUGGCAUCCUCGUCAGCCUCUACUUCAUUAUACUCUUCGUCUGCGGAAACUUUAUCCUUCUGAAUGUUUUUCUUGCCAUUGCUGUCGACAACCUGGCAGAAGCGGAGUCUCUGACUUUAGCUCAAAAAGAGAAAGCAGAGGAGAAAAAACGCAAGAAAGCAUUGAGGCCAAACAUUUCUGACAAGGCCACAGAAGAGAAAGCUCUUCUGGCAAAGAAGCUGGCAGAGCAACGAGCCAAAGGGGUCGAGGGCAUUCCAACAACUGCUAAGCUCAAGAUUGAUGAGUUUGAAUCCAAUGUCAAUGAGAUCAAAGACCCGUUUCCUCCCGCAGACUUCCCAGGUGAUGAUGAGGAGGAGGACCCUGCGAUCCCAGAAAGUCCCAGACCUCGCCCAAUGGCUGAUCUGCAGCUGAAAGAGGAAGCCGUCCCUAUGCCAGAGGCCAGCUCUUUCUUCAUCUUUGGACCUCAGAACAAGUUUAGGAAGCUCUGCCAUCGAAUCAUCAAUGCAACCACCUUCACCAACAUUAUCCUCCUCUUCAUCCUGCUCUCAUCUAUUUCUUUAGCAGCUGAGGAUCCUAUUGACCCUGUGUCUCCCAGGAACCAGGUGCUGGCCUAUGCUGACAUCGUCUUCACAUCAGUGUUCACAGCAGAAAUAGUGCUGAAGAUGACAACUUAUGGAGCCAUUCUUCACAAAGGAUCUUUCUGCCGGAACUCCUUUAAUAUUUUGGAUCUGCUGGUGGUCAGUGUGUCACUGUUGUCCAUGGGCAUGGAAUCGAGUGCCAUCUCAGUUGUGAAAAUCCUCAGGGUGUUGAGAGUCCUCCGGCCCCUGAGGGCCAUCAACAGAGCAAAAGGACUGAAGCAUGUGGUUCAGUGUGUCUUUGUUGCUGUGAAAACCAUUGGGAACAUUGUACUCGUCACAAUGCUGCUGGACUUCAUGUUUGCUUGCAUUGGAGUCCAACUUUUUAGAGGCAAGUUCUACUCCUGCACUGACCCUGACCAGAUGACAGAGGAAACUUGCAAAGGUUGGUACAUACGGUACCAGGAAGGAGCACUUCAUGAGAUGGAGGUCCGUAAACGAGAAUGGACCAAUGCACAGUUAAAUUUUGAUAACAUCUUCAAUGGAAUGUUGUCUCUAUUCACCAUUUCUACAUUUGAAGGAUGGCCAAAGAUUCUCUAUAAAGCCAUCGAUUCCAAUAUGGAGGAUAAAGGGCCGAUAUACAACAAUAGAGUGGCCAUCUCAAUCUUCUUCAUCAUCUACCUCAUUCUUAUUGCUUUCUUUAUGAUGAAUAUAUUUGUGGGCUUCGUCAUCGUCACUUUUCAAGAGCAGGGAGAGCAAGAGUACAAGGACUGUGAGCUGGACAAAAAUCAGCGUCAGUGUGUUCAGUAUGCGCUAAAGGCCCGUCCGCUGCGCUGCUACAUCCCUAAGAACCCGUACCAGUACCAGGUGUGGUACAUUGUCACCUCCUGCUACUUUGAGUACCUGAUGUUCCUCCUCAUCAUGCUUAACACCAUGUGUCUGGGAAUGCAGCACUGCAACCAGUCAGACCAUGUGACGCACCUGUCCGACAUGCUGAACGUGAUCUUCACCGUGCUCUUCACAGUGGAGAUGAUCCUGAAACUCAUGGCAUUCAAAGCCAAGGGCUACUUUGGAGAUCCCUGGAACGUCUUUGACUUCGUCAUCGUCAUUGGGAGUGUUGUGGACGUGAUGCUGAGUGAAAUUGAUGGUGCUCUGGCUUCCUCUGGGGGACUCUACUGUCUCCACGGCUGCUCUGAAGUGGACCCCAUGCAGGCAAUCGCAGCAUCUGAAAACAUGAGUGUGUCGAUCACCUUCUUCAGACUGUUCCGUGUCAUGCGUCUGGUGAAGCUUCUGAAUAGGUCAGAAGGAAUACGAAACCUGCUGUGGACCUUCAUCAAGUCCCUACAGGCGCUUCCGUAUGUGGCCCUCCUCAUCCUCAUGCUGUUCUUCAUAUAUGCAGUAGUCGGGAUGCAGGUGUUCGGGAAGAUAGCUCUGAUGGACGGCACAUUCAUCAACAGAAACAACAACUUCCAGACGUUUCCCCAGGCGGUGCUGCUGCUAUUCAGGUGUGCUACAGGGGAGGCGUGGCAUGAAGUGAUGCUAGCCUGCAUGUAUGGGAAGAAAUGUGACCCAAAAUCUGACUUCCUGCCUGGAGAAGAGAACACCUGUGGGUCUAACUUUGCCAUCAUCUACUUCAUGAGCUUUUACAUGCUCUGUGCUUUUCUGAUUAUAAACUUGUUUGUGGCCGUCAUUAUGGACAACUUUGACUACCUGACACGUGAUUGGUCCAUCCUUGGCCCGCAGCACCUGGACGAGUUCAAAAAGAUCUGGGCAGAGUAUGAUCCAGAGGCAACGGGGCGCAUCAAGCACCUGGAUGUGGUCACUCUCCUGCGGAGGAUUCCUCCUCCUCUGGGAUUUGGGAAGUUCUGCCCUCAUCGCAUCGCUUGCAAGAGGUUGGUCUCCAUGAACAUGCCUCUCAACAGUGAUGGGACGGUCACCUUCAAUGCCACUUUGUUUGCAUUGGUCAGAACGGCAUUGAAAAUAAAGACAGAAGGUAACUUUGAACAAGCAAACGAGGAGCUGAGAGGAAUCAUCAAGAAGAUCUGGAAGCGCACCAGCAUGAAACUGCUGGAUCAAGUCAUUCCCCCCAUUGGAGAUGAUGAGGUGACUGUGGGGAAGUUCUACGCCACCUUCCUCAUCCAGGAUUAUUACAGGAAACUGAAGAAGAGGCAGGAGGAAUACUACGGCUAUCAUCCCACAAAGAAGAGUGCCACCCAUGAAAUACAGGCUGGACUGAGGAACAUAGCAGAGGAGGCGCCUGCAGAGCUGCACAGGUCCAUUUCUGGAGACCUGCUGGCUGAGGAGGACUCUGACCACGGAGUGGAGGAGAUAUUCAGGAGACAAGCCAGUCUGUUUGGAAACCAUUCAGACCCGUUUGCUGUAGAGACCGACCCAGCCUACACCAGCCAGCGCCCCCUGCAGAUGGACGAAGGCUUCACUAACAACAUCAGCAUGAGUCAAAGUCAAUUCUGACCCCUGUUCUGAGGAUCCAAAGAUCUGAGCCUUGACUUCAAACGAUGGACUCUGAUGAAAGGCAGUGAAGGUCAACCCUUCCUGCUGGAUGUUCUCUCUUCACUGACUGACGUCAUUUAGAGCUGAAUCUCCAUUCAUGACAACUUGCUGUUGGUAGUUUUUUUAGCCUCAUUCUCUUGUAAAUUCUAACUCAACAGAAAAAACAUAUUUCAACCAAACAUUCUAAGUGGACCUCCAGUUUCUUUAAAGAGCCUCUUGGUGCAAAUGGUUGCCAUUAGACAUUUCAGCUCAACAACAAAAACAGAUUCAAUUCAAUUCAAUUCAGUUUUAUUUAUGUAGCCCAAUAUUACUACACAGUUUUUUAGAAUAGGCUCCAUACCGGUAAUUGUACAAAACAUAAAAUCUGUUUAUAAAAUACAAUACCUGAUGGCUAAACCAAACUAAACAGACUCAACUAAACUGGGCAUCCCUGCCCUUAGACCCUCCUUCUCGGUAAGGUAAAACUCCUAAAAAAAAACUAAUCCUGGGGAAAUCAGGGAUUUCUAAAUGAAGGAGGGAUCCUCUCCCAGGACGGACAGGCGAUGUGCCACAACUCUUAGAGAUGAGUUAGCUUAACUCUAGCUUAUCUACCUACAUGUUUGAAAAGUGUACCAGAUGGGCUUCAUCCAGAUGGAACUGUGGGCGAAAGACGAGCCAGAGACGAGGUUCACGGCCUCACAUGAACUGGGAGCCUAUUCCGUAAGACAGGGGCUUGGUGGCAAAAGACUCUACCUUCAACUGUACUUUUGGAAAUUCUGGGAACCACAAGCAGUCCUGCAUUUUGUCAGCAAAGUGUUCUGAUUGGAUCGUAAGGCACUAUGAGAUCUAUAAUAUAGGACGAGAGGAUUUUAAACUUGAUUCUAUCAACUGGGAACCACAGGAGUGAUGUGUUCUCUUCUUCUAGGUCCUGCUAACAAUCUUGCUGCUGCAUUCUGAACGAGCUAAAAACUUUUUAAAGAACUUUAAGGGCACGCUACUAGCAAAGGCACGCUGCUCGCAAAAACAUAGAUAAGAGCAAACAAGAGAUGACAACAAUAAUCAACAAGUGUUUAAUUAAAAAUUGGAUGGACCAGGGAGUAAUUAGUAUUCCUUUUUAUUGUCCAAAGUUUUCCUUUUUAUUAUUUAUUAAUUAUUCUAAAGCAUCACAAAGACAUGUUUGAACUAAACAGGACUAGGCCAAGCCCAGUGCUCUGUGGCACUCCAUGACUGAUGUUGCUGUGUGAGGAAAACUCAUCAUUUACAUGAACAAACUGGAAUGCAUGACAAAAAACGGUUUUAUUUACACGCUCUAGUUACUGAAAUUUUUUUAUAAUGCAUUGUGUCUAAUGUAGCAUUAAGAUAUGAAAGAACAAAUAAAGAGAUGAGUGCACUGCCUGCUGCCGAAAGAAGAUCUUUGUAACUGUGAAUAGGAAUUUCAAUGCCACUGUGUUGAUUUGCAACAGUUUUCUCAAGAAUUUUAGGAAUGAGACAAAAUAAAGAAUAUUGUUGAUGUGAUCUCAGAAAGGCCAAAUGGAACAUAAAUACUUAAAGAAAUUUUGGUUAACAGUUAUUUCUGAAGUUGUGAUUUCUUAAAAACAUGGAGAUUGGGACUGUCCCUGACUGCAGCAACUCUCCAACCACCACUUUGUUUUUUUCCUGUGUAUAUUUUUACUUGUGACAUUUACUUAUUUAUUUGAUUCAUUUGAUUAAAACAACUGGAAAAUGUAAUCAAUUAAAAUUGAUCUAAUCUGUUUUGCUUCUGGACUGUAACCUUUUGAUAAAAGUUCUUUUUAUUUUACUUUUUAAAAGUCAGAUAAAUAAAAUAGUGAAAUGGGUAGAAAAUCAACAUGAGGUAGUUUCCCUGAACAGGAACCAAAUGUUAAAUGUAUUUAUUUGUGCUGUAACAUUUUACAUGUUAGUGAAAAUGUUGCUUUGGUUUAGCAGGAAAGACAAUCAUGCAGAGUAAGUGUCUAAUCAUGAUCACUGCAAGUUUGACAUCCCUACGGGACUGAGUCAGAUAUAUCGAAGGUUUUAUUGGGUCUCAGGUAACAGGAGAUGAGAGCAUGUUGUCUGUGUCCUGCAGAAAACUUUUGAACCACAACUCAAGUGGAAAUGACGAAAAGAGACAUGGUGGAUUAAGCCACAGAAGGUUCUUUGUUCUCUUACAGAUGGCUCACAGAGAGGAGCAACAGAAGCAACAGCAGAGAACUAAUGACUGGAGGUCUUCUUCUGACUCAGAAAAUAAAAAACUGCUUUCUU